AUGAAGUUCACUCUCCUCUUCCUCUCGUUUACUCUCGGCGCACUCGCGCAGAAUGGCUACUUUGGCUAUUCCCUCACCGACACGGGCGACGCGGACUCGGCUGUCUACGAGACGGCCGACACCAAGGCUAAUACCUCCGUGGACAUUCCGCCGCCCGAUGUCUUCCUCAACGCAUCGGUGCAUGUCGGCGAGAUCGACAUCGAGGUGCUCAACCUGACAGCCAAGGUCAACCUGGCCGCCCAAGUGCUAUCGCUGCUCGAUUUCAACGCCGGCGUCGACGCCUCUGUUGACCGCGUCUCCCUGACGAUCCAGAAUGUGACGGCGAAAGUGAUCCUUGAGGCGCGCCUGGCCAACCUUGUGUCCAUGAUCGAGAGCAUCCUUGACUCGCUCGACCUCAACCCCAUCCUGGCCACGCUCGGCAAUGGCCUGAGCGAGAUCACUGGCGACCUCACCGAUGCCUUGGGCGGCGAUUCCUCCUCGUCGAGCAGCAGUAGUUCAAGCAGCAGCAAUCUUCAGUCCCGCGAGGACCUCGAAUCGUUCCAGCUGGAGAACAACAUCCUCUACUCGGUCAACGACUACAGCGGCAACACGCACACGAACCGCAAGCUGGCACAAGAUGGCGCCAUCGUCGACCAGAGCCUCGACAACGACGGUAAUGUGCUCGGCGAAAAGACGGUCGGCAGCUACGAUGUCAAUAUGAGCUUCACCGGCCACGAGCACGAGACCGAGUUCGAGGGCCAGAAGGUGACGGAGCGGAUGUACGAGUACCACCCGUUCCCCGGAUUGGAGGCCUUCAGCGCCAUCUACGUCAAUGCCGCUGGCAACGUCGUGGGCACUCAGGUGGUCAGCGAGAUCAGAGGGGGCGGCACCAGCUCCAUUGCCGCGGAUACUGAUGAAUGA